GUAUACUCUCCCAUUCCCAGGUUUAGGUAAGACCCAAAUACCCUGGGAAAAAUGUCCUUCAUAGGAGCUGGUGAGCUCGAACACAAGAUCACCCAGCUUCAGAGGCAAUUAAGCCAUAAAGAUCAUGAAUUAAAUUCCAUCAAGAAUGAGCAGAUGAAGAAGCAGGAGAAUCUGGAAGAGGCUAAGAGGGCGAAGCAAACCGCAGAAUACAAACUGCGCGAUGAAGCAGAUCGAGCAUUGAAAGCAGAGAACGAUUCACUGGCUAAAACAAAUGAACUGGCCCAGCUUAAACUCAAAUUAUCCAAUCUUGAGGCCAGCUUAAUGCAGACAUCAGAGAAGUUGAAGAAAGAAGAGAAAGAGAAGGCAAACAUUCAGGAUGCACUGGAUGAAGCUUUGUCAAGAGGGUCCGACGGGGCGGCUACGCAGAUUAAGAGUCAACAAGCAAGAAUCAAACAGUUGGAAGACAACUUGAGGAAAACAGAAGAUGAGAAGGACAGAUUGAGGCACCAAGCAUCUUCGGGGGACUCGUGGGGGUCAGAUGAGCCUCUAAGUCAUCGAGAGCGGAACCGACUGAUGGCCUUGCAAAACGAAAAUGCUGAGCUCAAAACAAAACUUGAGAGCCUCUCGCCGCAAAAUGUUACAACUUCCGACUCAUUCAACCCUGAAUCUCCUCAGAAAAGUUCAAAACCAAGGGCAUCGGUCACUGCCGCAGACCUUCGCGAUCUCGAAACUCAAGUGGAUAAACUCAAAACGCAAUUGGCAAAUACUAAGCGAGAAUAUGACAAGGCGGUCAACGAAAAGCUUGCCGCCGAGAUCUCUGCCAGGAAGACCGCCGAGAGGUUUGAGAAUGAGAUGUACGAGCUCAACGGGGAGCUUGAAUAUUACCGCCGUUCUGAUGGAGGGGUAGACAUGAAGCAAUUGAAUGAACUCAAGAAAACGGCUCAGGAUGCCAGAGCAGAGAAGGAGGAACUGAGCAAGAAGCUAGCCCAGAAGGAGCGAGAAGUCGAGCAUCAUGUUUCAGAGAUGGCUAGGCUGGAAGAAAAAGCCCAACUGGUACAAAAGCUGAAGGAAGAACUUGAAGAAGAAAGACAAACUCGGCAACAGCUUGAAGCUGCCUCAAACAGCGCGUCCUUUGUUGACGAGGCUUCUCUCGCUAAGAUCAAUGCCCUCGAGGUCGAACUUGCAAGGUCCAAGGCCGCUUCUUCUACCACCGCUGGUUCUAGGUCAGGAGACUCUGAACUUCGUCAGGUACGGCGGGACUUGCAAAAAGCGUUGCGGGACAAGGAGUACCUUGAGAGCCUGGUCAAGGAGAAUGAUGAACUUUUGGCUGAAAAGGAUGAGGAGCUUGCUAGGAUGAGAGCGGCCGUUCCUUUGCCUGGUAGCCCUUCCCUUGACUCACAGGCUGCUGAUCCUGGCCUUGUGGCGGCGCUUGAAGAGGAGAAGGCAGCAUUAAUUGAUGACCUCGAAAAGCAGGUCCGGGCGCAUGAGGAGGGGACCUUGAGGAUUGAGGCCCAGCUUGCCGAGAAAACCAAGGAGUUGGAAGUUUUGAGAGAAUCUGAGCAACUUCUUCGAGAGCAACACUUGCGAGGGCAGACCGAAAUUGAGAGUAUCAAAGCCCAACACCAGUUUGUAAUAGUUGAUCUUCAAAAGGCUCGUGACGAUCUUUCCAUCAAAGAAGCCAAUGCUCAACAAAUCAUCGAACAACUUGCUCAAGUUCAAGCGAGUUUGAACGAGCACCAGGCUGCCGCCAUUUCUGCUAGAGAAGAAGCCGCUUCCACUGCCAAGCAACUUACUGAACUUGGAGUUUCACUUGAGAACAAAAAUCGAGAGCUCGAGGAGGUUCUUCAACAGCGCCGGGCCCUUGAAGUCAGCCUUGCUAGCAGGUCCCAUGACGAUGCCGAGUUUGAUGAACAUGUGUUGUCCAUCAAGAAGUUGCAGGAUGAAAUCAGCAGAGUGUCACAAGAACUUUCGGACCGCACGACGGCGAAUGCGCAGCUCAUUAACCGACUUGCCGUGGCUGAAGAAACCCGAGAAGCUUCAGAAAGGAUGGUGCAGGAGCUGGAGCACAAGGUUUCAGACUCCCAGCGGAAAGUUGAAAUCUCAAUGGAGGAACUGGAAGUUCACCGAGCUCAGUCUAAGGAGGCGAUUGAAUCUUUAAAUACACAGCUGGAGACUCUCAACACCGAACUCACGUCGCUGGAACAACUCGUGCGGGACAAAACCACAGAACUUGCAGAAGUUAACAGGUUGUCAGAACAGACAAGUUGCCGCCUUGCAGAGUCCGAGACUACUGUCAUUACUCUUCGAAAUCAGGUAGCAGAGUUGGAGUGUAAGCUAGACGAGUCUGCGGCAGAGAAUGUCAGCGAAAAUGACGACGAACGGAUCCAGCUCCGCAAGGAAAAAGAGGCCUUGGAGGAAGCCCUGCAGUUGGCCAAGAAGGAGCACGAGUCGGAGCUUGCUGCUAUCGAAGCUGAUUCUCAGAAAGCAUUGUCAAAUGCCCAGAUCCACAUUGAUACUCUCCAAAACUUGAUUCAGGAUGCCCCACAACCCAAUACCAAAGAUGUCGAUGUGAUCCACAAGUUUGAAGAGAAAAUCGGACGUCUUCGAAUUGAGAGAGAUGAGCUUCGACAUAACAUCUCUUUCGUACAGAACGAAAGGCACUUUGCGGUGCGAGCGGCGAACGCUGAAAAGGAGACGGCCAUUGAAGAAGUUGGAAAAGCUCGUGAGGAGCUAAAGAGGACAUCUGCAAUAUGUGAGCGAUUGCAACAGGAGAUGGAGGAAUUCCGGGCAGCGUUAGCUGAAAAGGACGUCGAGUUCGGUGACGCAAUCGCGACAACUCGAGAGGUAGCAAAUGAGAAAGAGAAGCUUGCCAAGCAGCUUGCUGAUAUUGAGCAUGAGCUAUCUUCAUCUCAUGAAGCUGUAUCAACUCAGCAAACUCGAGUCUUUGAGCUUGAAUCUCAGCUACAAGCCCAAGAAGCUAAUCUCAAACAGGUUGAAGCUCGAGCUGGAUUACUUCAAACGGAGCUCACCAACGUGCUUCAUCAUAUGGCACAGAGUAAGAAGCUCAGCGAUAGGCCAGAAUCUAGGGCUUCCGUACCGGAAGAGGAGGAUAGUGAUUUGCCAAAAGACUUGGCGGGAGCUGUUUCUUCCCAGAACCGAAGGCAUUCUCACAGGCGUUCUACUUCUGGUAUGUCCAUUACCAUGUUGCAGAACCUGCAAACAGAGAGAAACCUGCAGGCCAAGAUCGAUAGGCGGGAUGCUCGCAUCACGCUUCUCACCAAUGACCUCAGCAAGGUCCAGGCCAAUCUUACUCUCUUGCAAUCCGCCCAGGAAGAGACCAUGGCGGAGAAUGCGGAGCUCGAAGAAGAACGCGAAAAACUACUCUCCGAACUCCACGAGAUCAAGGCUCAAGGAGCAGACCCAGAGGCCUUGCAAGGCUGCAUCUUGGCUUUGAUUUUGCAUCACCGACAUGUCAGGAACCUGGAAUCGCAGUUGCGUCUCGCUCGAGAAAUCCUCCACAAAUCUCGAGAAACUGAGCGUCAAUUAUUCGUUUCAGAAAUAGAGGCAAAGAAGAAGAAAGUUGCGGAUGAUAAGCGCAUCGCCGAGCUUGAAUAUGAGAAGACUGAAGUUGAAAGCCAGCUUAAUUCAGCCAAGGCCAAUGAGCAGCUUGUCCGCAAGGAGCUUGAUGAUGCUCUUGCCUCUGUUAACAAUCUUCAAUCCCAACUUACUAAGGCAGAAAGCGCCAGUGUCUUAGCAGCUGAGUCUAUUUUGAGCUUGGCUACUGUUGAAGCUCAGAUCGCCGAGAAAGAGGAACGUAUCCGUGAGAUCGAGGCACAUAACACAGAGCUCGUCUCUAAGCUUGAGAAGUUGGAGGAGGAGCUGACAGCUAACAAGCUCGAAAAGGAAAUCAAAACCGAAGCUUUGACCACCAAGGUUGUCGAACUGGAGCAAAAAAUGGUGGACAGAGGCGCCGAGUUGGAACGAAUGACACAAGAGAAAGAGCAAUUACUUGAGGAAUUGACCGCAGCGGAGAAGACGUUAGCAGAUGGCUUUGCGGAUGUGGAGGCUCAGAGGGAAGCAUUGGACACUACAAGGCGUGAACUGGAAGAGCGCCUUGCCCUAAUGGGCCAUGAUAUGAAGGAAAAAUCUUCUGAACUCGAAGAGAUGAUCAAUAAAUCAAAUGCUCUAGCCGCUGAACUUGCUGCGGAACGAUCUAAAUCAGAUCAAGCUGGAAUUGCACUGGAAGAACAUCAAGUCACGAUCUCGCAACUUCAGAAUGAUAUCUCUGCUCUCCAGAAAGCUUCUCAGGAUGUCGACAGUGAACGGCAGACUCUUCGCGCUCAAAUUUCUGUCUUCGAAGAAAAAGCAACAGCCGCUGAGGAAAGGAUUCGGCAGCUUCAGGCCGAGGUUGGCCAUUGCAUGGGAGAGACUGAGCGGGUAAAGAAGGAGUUGGUUGAUGCGUCUAGUCAGUUGGAAAAGACGAUGGUUGAAAAGGAAGACCUUAACGCCAGAAGAACGGCAGAGAUGGAGCAGGCCACAGAGGCUCGGAUGGGCAUGGAAAAGAGUCUGUCUGAGAGGGAACAAGAGAUCAGCAAACUUACUAGAGACUUAGGCAUAAUCCAAGAAGAGCUCACGGCCGCUACAAGCAAGCUUGAGCAAGCUGUCAAGGAGUCUGCCUUCAAGCAGGCUGACAUUGACAAUCUCAGGGCUGAGAAUGUGGAAGUCAAGCAGAAACUUGCUAAGGCGACGAUCUCCUCUGUCUCCUCAGCUGAUGAGCAGCUUGUUGCGGAUUUGAAGGAGCGAAUCGAAGAUCUUGAGGCCUCACUUACUCAGAAAAAUCAAGAGGUCGAUGAAGCAGACGAUCAGACUCGAGAAGCAUUCAAGGCCAAUGUUAAGCUUGAGCGGAAGAUUGGCAAACUUCAGAGACAGCUUGAUCAGGCUCAGCUGGAGCUAAACACCGCUCUCAACAAGCUCAUGAGCAGUCAACCAAUCGCUCUAGCCCCUGUCGCUCGCUCGCAACCUGCGUCUUCAGUAGCAGCCCAGCGGACGGCGAUGCCUCCUCCGCCAAUGUCUACCUCGGCCCCGACUCAAUCCCCAGCGCUAGCGCUAUCAACUGCUGCUACACGAACGCCCCAUACAAUUCCCCCUAACAUCUUCUCCCCUCCAACCGUUCCGAGCUCAGGGCAAAAGCGUCUACGAGAGGCUGAUGAUGCUGAGUUCGCCCACAAACCUGCUGAAGCUAUCAUGCUUCCGCCUGCAUCAGUCAUCUCUCCUCGCAAGCCAUUCGGAACGCGACCCAGUUUCACUCCUCAAAGAGGUAUCUCUGACAAAACCUAUGCCUCCAAGCCAAUAGGCGUAAACGCCAAUAUGACUAGUGAGAAGGCAGAAGAGGGAUUAAAGAAACCGAUAGAUGCUGGAAGGAACAUCUUCGCGAGAUCGCCAUCAGUGUCAAGCGACCCAAUCAAGCGAACAGGAUUCCCUGAACCUCCAACUCGUACACCUUUCGCUACUAUGCCCAGAAACGCGUCAUAGACGUUUUGGUCUGAUCAUUAGCUUGGUUGUAUUGAUAGAGCUUAUACCCAGAUAAGGGCUACAGAUACGUUACUUGUACAAGUGAAGGCAAUAAUAAUGCAUUUAAAGAUAGUGAUA